CUUUGGUAUAUCGGUAGGUCUCAAAUAUAUUAUUAGUCUCAGACUUCGAUCCCAUUUUCUGUAUUCGCCUCUCUCUCGCUCUCUCUCUCUCUCUCUCGGCAUCGACCCUUCAACUCCUAGCCCAAACUCUUUAAUGGCGGAGAAUAGAGUUUCAACGCCUUAUACUAAGCACCUGGUUCUCUUCUCUCCCCCUUUUCAAGGUCACAUAAACCCCAUGGUCCAGCUAGCUCACAUACUCCACAGCAGAGGCUUCUUCAUAACCAUAGUCCACACCGACUAUAACGCUCCUCACCUCGAGCCUAGACCUGGGCUCACCAUCGAGCCCAUUUACUUGGGCCUCUCCAACGAGGAGGCUCGAGAAAUGGACAUAGUGGAGCUCAUUCUCACUCUAAAUAAGAAAUGCGAGCUCCCAUUUCGAGCUUUAAUAGAGGAUUUACAGUCGAAAAAAGGCGGGCUCCGUGUUUCUUAUCUGAUAACUGAUGCGGUGAUGUAUUUUACACAAGAUUUGGCUGAGGAGCUUGGAAUCAAGAGAAUGGCUUUCAGAACGAGUAGCUCUACUUCGACUUUGGGCUUUCAGGCUAUCAGAGAUAAGGGUUAUCUUGAUAACAGAGGUCAUCCUUCCGACGAGCCGAUCCCUGAUUUCUCACCCUUCCGCUUCAAAGACCUACCUUUUGUCAACACAAAGGAUCCAGACUCUCUCUGUUUAUUCAUAUCCAGCUUCACCGGCAAAUCCUUCAGAGCCUCUGCCUUGAUCUUCAACACCUCCGAUUGCCUUGAGAGCCCUGCCCUCGAAAAAAUCCGACCUCAAUGUCGCGGACCUGUCUUUGCAGUUGGCCCCCUGAACUUUCCAUCCUCCUCAAGCAUCUUACCGGAGGACGAUAAAUGUAUCUCUUGGCUCAAUACGCAACCCCCCAGGUCAGUUGUAUACACAAGCUUUGGGAGCCUAGCCAGCAUGGAGUCGAGCCAAGUGAUGGAGAUAGCAUGGGGCUUGGCUAAUAGUGGGCGCCCCUUCUUGUGGGUGGUGCGCCCAGGCUUGAUUAAUGUGCUUAAUGCUGCAUGUCUUCCUAGUGGGUUCACGGAACAAGUGGGCUUGCGUGGGCUCGUGGUCGAAUGGGCUCCUCAGAAAAAGGUGCUAGCCCACGGAGCAGUGGGUGCGUUUUGGUCUCAUUGUGGGUGGAACUCAACGCUUGAGAGCAUCUGCGCUGGCGUGCCCGUGGCUUGCUGGCCUCAGUUUAGUGACCAGAGAGUGAAUGCGAGGCUGAUAUGCCAUGUUUGGAGGGUGGGGGCAGAGAUGGGGAGAGAGGUGGAGAGAGGAGAGGUGGAGAUGGUGGUGAGGAGGUUGUUGGUGGAGAGAGAAGGGGAGGAGAUGAGAGAGAAAGCAAGCGAAUUGAAGAAGGUUGUACAGAGAAGCUUGGGGAAGGGGGGCUCAUCUUAUGAAGCUUUGGACUCCCUAAUUUUACAAUUGAUGUCUUGCUAAGCCAUAAUUUGAUUAAAUCAAAUUGUGAUUGGGGUCCUCUUCAUUUUAUUUUAUUGCAUGUAAUUUGGCUUUGAGGGGUGGAUUUUUUAAUUGGAAUUAUUCCUACUUGUAUCCUCCUCACAAGAAGUUCACAAUCAUCAGUGAAUAUGGGUAGCUUAGCUGGGGAUGUGUAUUGAUUGGACACAAAAAUCAAAAUAAAUUUGCAUGAAGUGUUUAACAUUUCUUAA